GAACCCACUGCCGCGCUCCUACAUACUGAGCUAUUCCGGGGUGCUGUGCUCGCUCUUGCUUUCAUCUCCAACCCACUCAAGAAUCAAAAUUCCAUUUUUCCAUUUCUUCUAAUUCUUAAUUAAGGUGUAUGGUCUUCCAUUGAAGAAAAUAUCAUACCAUAGUGGGAAAAAAAGAAGAAAAAGAGAAAUGAGACAGAGGUCUAAAGGUGCUGCAAAGCCGAAUGCUGUAAGUGGGGGUGAUACAAGUAGUGAGAAGGGUACCCAAUUGAAACCCAAUGUGCACAUAGUGGCUAAGAGGUCAGGGUAUGCAAUAUUCGUGCUGUUAGUGUUGGUUAUAUAUGCCACUUGGGGAGUGUAUAGAUAUCAAUAUGAGAGUCUCCCUGAGCCACUCGGAGCUGAGCAUGCCGGUAAAAGAGGCUUUUCUGAGCUCCUGGCCAUGGAGCAUGUUAAGGCAUUGACAAAACUAGGCCCACAUCCCGUCGGUUCUGAUAAUCUAGCCACUGCCCUGCAGUAUGUCUUGCAAGUAUCAGAAACUAUUAAGAAGGAGGCUCAUUGGGAAGUUGAUUUGGAAAUUGACCUUUUUCAUUCCAAAUCUGGUGCUAAUCAUCUUGUCGGUGGGCUUUUUAAGGGGAAAACCCUUGUUUAUUCGGAUCUCGAUCAUGUUGUAGUGAGAAUAUCUUCAAAAUAUGAAACUAAUGCAGAAGAAAAUGCCAUUCUUGUUUCUUCCCACAUUGAUACAGUUUUCUCUGCAGAAGGAGCAGGAGACUGUAGUUCAUGUGUAGCUGUUAUGUUGGAGCUUGCUCGAGGAAUUUCUCAAUGGGCCCACAGUUUCAAGAAUUCUAUCAUAUUCUUGUUUAAUACUGGGGAGGAGGAAGGCCUGAGUGGUGCUCAUAGCUUUGUAACUCAGCACCCUUGGAGUGGUACUGUCCGACUGGCUAUUGACUUAGAAGCCAUGGGCGUUGGUGGAAAAUCAGGAAUUUUUCAGGCUGGUCCUGACCCUUGGGCAAUUGAGAACUUCGCACAAGUGGCAAAAUUCCCAUCUGCCCAAAUUGUUGCACAGGAUGUGUUUUCUUCUGGGAUAAUAAAGUCAGGAACUGAUUUUCAAGUGUAUAGGGAACUAGGUGGUCUUUCUGGCCUUGACUUUGCAUUUACAGAAAAUACAGCUGUAUACCACACUAAGAAUGACAAGUUAAGUCUCUUAAAACCCGGUUCUCUUCAACAUCUUGGUGAAAAUAUGCUUGCUUUUCUGCUCAAGGCUGCAACAUCAACAAAUCUUCCUAGCAGCAAGGAAACUGGAUCCAAUAAAGAUCCUCACCUCGAUAUGGCCAUAUAUUUUGAUAUUUUGGGAACAUACAUGAUUGUAUACCGCCAGCGCCUUGCUAAUAUGCUCUAUAGUUCAGUGAUACUGCAAUCUCUUUUAAUAUGGAUUGCAUCACUCUUUGUGGGAGGAUAUCCAGCUGUUGUUUCUCUAGCCUUAUCAUGUUUGGGCAUCAUACUCAUGUGGAUAGGAUCUAUAGCUUGUUCUGUUUUUGUCACUUUUGUCCUUCCCCUUGUAUCACUGUCACCGGUUCCCUUUGUGUCAUGCCCAUUGCUGGUAGUUGGGUUGUUUGGUGGACCCGCCCUUCUUGGAGCUUUGAGCGGUCAGCAUUUCGGUUAUCUCAUUCUUGUGAAGUACUUGUCACAAACAAAGGGAACAUUGCCUCCAUCCAUCCAAACUGGUGUGGCUGAGUUAGAUGCAGAAAGAUGGAUGUAUAAAGCUGGUCUCUUCCAGUGGUUUGUUCUCUUGGCAUUGGGACAUUUUUUCAAGAUUGGUUCUUCUUAUCUGGCCUUUGUUUGGCUAGUUUCGCCCGCAUUUGCUUAUGGUCUUCUUGAAGCAACACUGUCACCUGCCCGGCUACCAAAACCUCUCAAAACUGUAACCUUGCUGAUUGGAUUGUUUGUACCAUUUUUAAUUUCUUCUGGCUUGGUUAUCCGGCUGGUUGCUACAGUAAUUGGAGGUUCUGUUCGGUCUGUAAGGAAUCCAGGAGACCAGCCGGAAUGGCAGGGGAAUGCAAUUCUUGCAGUAUUUGUUGCAGCUAUAGUAUGCUUGACAAUGGUGUAUCUUCUCUCAUAUGCUCAUAUUUCAGGUGCAAAGGCUCCCAUUAUAAUUACAACGUGUAUAUUGUUUGGCAUCUCACUUACCAUGGUGUCAUUAGGAGUUAAUCCACCAUUUACCGAAGAUGCUGCAAGAGCCGUAAAUGUUGUGCAUGUUGUGGAUGCAUCAGGAAAGGAAGAACCAGUGUCACACAUCUCGUUGUUUUCGACAACUCCCGGAAACUUGAACAGAGAGGCCAGAGAGAUCGGAGAAGGUUUUGUCUGCGGUAGGGAUAAGCCUUUUGAUUUUGUGACUUUCUCAGUCAAGUAUGGCUGUUGGACAACCAAAAAUGCCGAAGUUGGGUGGAAUAAAUCAGAUAUUCCCAUGCUUCACGUCGAGAGUGACGUGAAGGGGAAUAGCAGCAGAGUUAGUCGCAUCCUUGUUGAUACAAGAGGUUCCACUCGGUGGAGCCUUGGAAUCAACACUGAUGAAGUAGAAGACUUCCUUCUCAAAGAUGAUUCCGAGGAGUUGGUCUCACUUGGAGAGAAAACCAGCGUCGAUGGUUGGCACACAGUUCAAUUCGCGGGAGGGAAGAAAUCACCGACCGAGUUCAAAUUGACUCUCUUCUGGCACAAAACCCGGUCUCACACGAAAGGCGCGGGACCCGAAGCGGGACCCACCUUGCUGAAACUGAGAACUGAUGUGGACAGGCAGACUCCACAAACUGCUGAGGUUCUGAAGAAGCUUCCUUCUUGGUGUUCUCUGUUUGGGAAGUCCACAUCACCUUAUACCUUAGCUUUCUUCAAUACUUUAAAUGCUUCUUUUUAGUGUUAACUACAUUUGCUCUCGGCGUUGCACAGCAAGAAAAUUUUAUCAUGAUUUGUGCACAAUUAUAAUAAGAUAUGAUGCAAUUAGAAUGCUGGAAAUAAAAAAUGGGGUUUUGC